ACAUCAUAGCGCGCCACCACCGUCCGUGUUCAUUCGAGAAGAAAAAUCGCUCACUCGCUGGUGAUCUUUUCCCAAAAAAUAUACGAAGAAAUAGUGAUCGUGAAAAAUGCGUGUCCGUUGAUGAAAAAGAAAAUCAAAUCAAAAAAAGGAAAGGAAAGGAAUUUUCACAUUAAAACGAUAAAAGAAAAGAAAAUUAGGAAAAGUUUCUUUCUUUCGUCAAGGGGUGUGUUUAUAUAUUGUUAUUAUUUUACGAGAGUAUCUCUAUCUCAAGGCAGAGUCCGCGCGUGCCGAAUCGAACACCAAACAUCCCGUUCAGCUUUAUCGCUGUAGAUACUUUUUUUUUAAUUUCAAUUCUUUGAAAAGAUUUAGAUAAAAUUAGUUGAUGAAGUUUUGUUUGUGUUUUAUUUUUUUAAUUCGGUAUUCGGUAGUGAAAAGAAUUUUCUUCCCUUCGUCUUCUUCCCCCGCCCCCGCCAUCGGCUUGACGUCUUUCAUUUCGACGCUGAAUGAUAUUGAUCGUGAGCGAGAACAUCUCAUCUACUACAUCUAGAUUAUAAUUAUGCACUCGCGCCGUUGAUUAGUUUAAUUGUUUCAUUUCACGCGAAUCAAUUGAAAUUGAAAGAUCGUCGAUUGUCCUCAUCCAUAGAUUCUUCAAUAUCAAUUUAACGGAAAAUUGGAAAUUAGUGAGUUUAUAUAUUUUGCCGGAUUAAAAGGAAAAAAGUGCGUUCGAAAUAACAAGUACAAAAAAAUACAAAAUUAAAGUUAAAACAAAAAUAUAGAAUAUCUAACGUGUUCGGGAAGUGAGACGAAAAAACACACGCUGUUUAGUGUAUACUCGCUAACGGUAAUGCACAACAAAAGCUCCCACACCAAAUGUUUAUAGAGGUGUUACGAAAAUAAAAAAGGCCGUGCCAAAACCAAAAAAUUAUGUCUUCCUACAGAAGUUAUGUUCCGUGGAAAUCAAAUUUACAAACAUCAUACAAGUCAGGAUCUUCGAGUGCUUACUCAUCAAGAGACGAUAUAAAUGGUACCCGAUUUGGCUCUUCACUCUCAACUCCAACCUCUUAUAGACCAUCUUUUUCGGGUGGAACAUAUCGAGUCAAACGUGACACUACACCAGUCACAUCACCAUACGUCAGUCGUUACUCCUCCACUCCAACGACAGCAACAACAUCCUCGAAAGAUGAAAAAGACAAAUCCACAACAGAAUCUCUCACUCGUCCCAUCAAGGACACCACCAGCAACAAUGUACAACAACAAAAAUAUCUCAGUGGUUCGUUGUCCAAAGAUAGCUCAAGUAGUCUCAAGACAUCGCCCUCGUCAGGACGAUACUCAACUUCAACUAGUAAUCUCUCAAAAUAUGGUCGUCGUUCAAGAGAUCCUAGUCCAGGGCAGGAAUCGUUGCGGUCAACCUCAAGCCUCGCUGCAACACGAAUCAAAAGUCGUGAGCCAAGUCCGGCUGCCCGAACGUUGAGGGGAAAAUCAAGAGAUCCGAGUCCGGCAAUUGAGUCUAAAAGUAAAUUGGGCACAUCGUAUGGGUCAUCUUCUUACAGGUUGACACCGAGUAGAAACCCUUCAACAUCACCUGGCUACACGCCAAGGUAUGGUAAUAGCUCGUCAAUAUCAUACCUUUCUGCAAGUGACUUUAGGGCACGUUCUGUGAGUCGUGCUAGAGAAAUAGCUGAAAGAAAAUCGCAUGAUAGGGAAUCUGAAAAGGAAGCUCCGAUAAAAGUACAAAAAGUCCUCGAAGCUUCGGAAUCUAAAGAAACAACUCCCGAAGAUGAGGGAGAGGAAGAAGAAGAAAACGAAAAUGAUGAUGAGGAAGAAGAAGAAGAGUCAGAAAGUUCGUCGGAAGAAAUUUUUGUACCAGUCUCCGUUUGUACAAGGGGAACUUCUCCAACUCCGCCAAGCUCCUCAACGGUCGUGAGAAUGAGAAGAAACGAACUGGCAAAAACUAUUGAGAAAACCAUCAAACGCUCUUCGAAGCGACCAAAAACCCUAGAGAAAGGAAUUCAAUCCGAUCGAAUGGACGACUCCACGAGGUAUUCUAGAUUUGGCCUAAGCAGUCGGAUGUCGUCGUAUAGUCCUCACGAAAGCCGCUACACCCCCAGUCUUAGGUACAGCUCAAGUGUGAGCCCAUUGGUGAAGAGCAGUCGCAGUAGAUCACGGUCAGACAUAAGUGAUAGAAAAGAUGACUCCAAGAGUCAAAGCCCAGACACUAAGGCAUGUGUGUCCCCGAAGUCUAAGCUUUCCCCACCCAAAAAUAUUCGCACGAGUUCGAGGCAAGCUUCGGUAGAGAAUCUGUCGUUGGGUUCCAAGGGCUCCCCAGAACUUGAAGGAGUUGUGAAGACCAGCAUCACAGUAGCAAAACUCCCCAACAAAGACUUCCGUAAGUCGGCUUUGAAUGUCGGUCCAACAGACCGCCCGCGGAAAUCUAGAACUCCAAGCACAAGCACCGAUUCCGAUGACAAGUUGGAGUCGAAAAAAGUUCAACCUCCCAACGGAACUACCCAGUUCAUCCUAAGGCAGGAGAAAUCGUCCAGCAGCAGUGGUUCCGAAACCAGUAGUGCCUCAACAAAGACCAGCCUUAAGAAGAAACUUCUCAAUGGCGGUGAGUCGAAAAUCCGGCAACGUUGCCAUCCCGCCAAAUCGUCGACGUCAUCAACAUCACCAAUGUCAUCGUCACCCUCGCCAAGUGGUCACCAGAACACUACCGCAAAGAUAAAUGUCAACAUGGCUACCGAGGUUAAUUCCGAAAGCUCUUCCGACAAUAAUAGAAAGCUAAUAAAUAAAAUGUCGGAAUUGACAACAACAACACCUCCACCAACAAUUCAGCAAAGAGAAACAGGUGCUCUUGAUGCUUCACCGAAAAAAUCGUCCAAAAAUAAACUCAAACAACCACCGCCGCCGGUUUCGGAAACGGAGACGGAGGCAGCGGUUGAUAAUGACGCUGUAUUCGACGUUGUCGUUGUGAACAAAGGGAACCAAAUUGGCACACCUGACUCAUUUAAUUCAACUCAAGCGAUAAAAGCUCCGUUGUCGUCGAAAGAGAAGCAUGACGACGAUGACACGAGUGGCAAGUGUAAUCUCCUUGAGAAAUUAGGUUCUAUUUCGAAUUUUUUCGCCGCUCGUCAACACGACGCAAAUAGCGAACCGCUUUAUGUAGAUCGUCGAAGCAGUGAGAGCGCUAGCGGCGAUAGUAUCUCAAGCGAUCUGAAACAGAAAGUUUCUCUAACGACUACGACGACGGUUCCGCUGAAGAAUCGCGAAAAUUCGAUUGACCUUAAUACGACUUCAACGACAACUACAACUUCACCAAGUACGGCCUCCAUAACGGCGCCUCCAAGCACAGAACCCGUAAACACGCCCGAAGACGGCUGUGAAGACACCUCAAUCGACUGGUGGCAGGAUAAUACGUCUGAGCAGAUAAGCACAGCCUCAGCCCUCGACAUCAAGGACGAUAUGCGCUACAGAUUAAGACACAUUGACUCCGGCGAAGUCGGCUGGUGGCUGAAAAACGAAGAUGACGACACUCUUGCUGAUGAUCUAAAGACAUUGAAUCAAGAAGAUGAAGAAGCGCCCAGUGAAAUGACUGAUCCUCCGGUCUCCAACCAAAUGGAGGAGACCUGGUGGAACCAGCAAAAUGAGGGAAUCUAUCAAGAUUCUAAACUUGAAAAUAAGGAAUUCGAUUGGCCGGCCAAUGAGAAUGAAGCUCCGGUUGCUUCAAUUUAUCCAGGUCCUCCGAAACAUGUCAGUCCUGAGGCUUAUGAAAGUGAUGAAACCCACAAAAAGUCACCGGAAUCUCUGCAAAACGGCUUCAUCAAGCUGAAUAUCUGCCGAGUGGAGUCUGGAGAGCGUCCUUGGUGGUUGGAUGAAGACAAGUCUUCCGCAUCGCCAAAGGAAGUUUCACCACCAAAGCGAUAUCCAAGUUCAAAUAAUCUACCGCUGAAUAAAUCUUCCAGCAACCAAAACACAGACAAACUUUGGUGGAUGCAGGGUCCGACAAAGAAAAUAUUUAACGUUCGUCAUGUUGAGUCCGGCGAACGUCCAACAUGGCUGACGCAAAAUAACGACGAUGAAAAACCACCUAGAAUUCAACACAAUCUCAAGGAAUCCGAAGGAGAAUCUGACGAAGAGGAAGAAGAGGCUGAAGAAUCAGAAAAUGACGAAGAAGUUUGCAAUGUCACUAAUGACAAUGAUAACAACACCUUAAUGGAACGUCUACCCCCUCUGGGCGAUCGCGCCAGCCCAGACGGUCUGGAAGAUCCCACCAAACACCGAAAAUCCCCAUACGAAAGUUCCAUUCCUAUGAUGAAGCAAACACAAAUAGAUUGCAAUGGCACGGCGAACGGUUUUAAUGCCCAAAAGCUUUUCAUAUCGCGUCAUACGAAUAUCGACGAGCUUUUAGGAGGUUCGUGUAGGCCAAUGAGUCCAUUAAUAGAUCGUUAUGGUGCGGCGAAAAAUACAUUCUUAGAAGAAAUUACACCAGACCAGGUUCGGAUCCAUGAUAGCACUGCACAAAUGCCGGUAAUACAGCGCAUGGAAAGAGAUGAAUGGGAUUAUGGUGGACCGAAAGUUCAACCGUCAUGGCUCGAUGAUGCUGCAUUACAAGUAUACAAAGAUGGAGACUAUGGAGCCUAUCUUGAUUUGGAAUCCUCCUUAGCUGAACAAACGGAAGAAAUUGAAGGACUCAAUACAAGCCGUAAAAAUUCAUUGGUGGUUCGAACGCAGCUGAGUGUACGAGUUCACGCAAUUAUUGAAAAACUACUCUCAUCCGAAGGAAGUGAACUCCGACGAGCGUUGUUCUCAUUGAAGCAAGUCUUCCAAGAGGACAAAGAUCUAGUGCAUGCUUUUGUAGCUUUGGGCGGUCUUAACUGUUUGGUUCGUGUUGGCAAUGGAGCUGAUCAAAAUUACCAGAAUUAUAUAUUACGCGCCCUUGGCCAGGUUAUGUUGUACGUUGACGGAAUGAAUGGUGUCAUGAAACAUGAACCAACCAUGAAAUGGUUGUAUUCUCUAAUAGCCUCUAAAUAUAGGUUGGUGGUGAAGACUGCGUUGAAAUUAUUGCUGGUAUUCGUUGAAUAUGUUGAGACCAAUUGUUAUCUUCUGGUAAAUGCUAUACAUGCUGUUGAUAGUGCUCAAGGCACUCUACCAUGGUCUAAUAUUAUGAAGCUUCUCAAGGACUAUGAUAAUGCUGAUACUGAAUUAUUGAUCUAUGCAACAUCUCUGAUAAAUAAGACCUUGGCAGGUUUAAAUGAUCAAGAUAGUUUCUAUGAUGAAAGUGAUCUCUUGGAGCAGCAAGGUAUGGAAGGUGUCAUACAACGUUAUAUGUCAAGACCUGGAACUGAUUUAGAUCUCCUUGAUCAGCUGCAACUUUAUGAAGCUGUUCUUAAAUUUGAAGAUGGGGAAGCUGAUGGAAUUCGUUUACCUGAUAAUUCUCUAAGAAAAACUAUGAGAUAUCGCCCAAGUACGGAUACAGCUGAAAGAAGAAAAUCACGUCGCCAUAGUACAGGAACUAGUCCAUCUGUAAAUAAAGUCAUACAAUCACUAAAGAGAUUUACAACAACAACACAUGGAAUAUUAGAUGAAGAUAGUUCAAGUUCGAAUAAUUCAAAUGAAUAUGCAAAUAAUGGUUAUUUGAAAGACACGCGUCUAGAACCAAGUAUUACGCCCGGUUUUCGUCGUCGACGUGAACGUGUCGAACGACAAAAGAGUUUCCUCCGAGAACAACAGGAAGCAGCAGCCAAUGGUAUUAUGUCAGUUUUCGAAAAACCUACUGCAUUUGGACAAAUAGUAACCGCCAUGCCAGUUCAUUUGAAACAAAACAGCGAUAGCCCUCCAGAUUCACUUGUUCUAACAAAUAAUAAUAAUGAUGCCAAUAAUUGUAGUAACAAUAAUGCCACUAACAAUAGUCUCAAUGCCAACAAUAUUACCAAUUUCAACAACAACAACAAUACCUACAACACAAUCAACAACAACAACGGUUUAGAAUAUUGUAGUCCCUCAAAAAUUAUGUCUCCGACCAACAAUGGUUUUGACAGAAAUCGUCAGCAACAACAACAGCAACUUCAACCUCCAGUGAAUCUUUCAAAUAAUGGUAAACAAAAUGGCUCCCCAGAAUUCCUUAGCAAAAAGAACCUCUUAAUGAAAAGCAACGCCACUGUGAUUAACGGUAUUAUGAAAAAUAUAAAUCGCAAUGAAAGCGAAAACCGAGAAGCAAUCUCGUACAGUAGUCACAAAAAGUUCGAAAGCGAUGCGAAUCGUUUGAACAAUUUCUACAGUCAGAUGAGUACACCAAAGAGUCAGGCGGCAGUGUUAUGUCAAAAGAACAACAACAACAAUGCCACAAUCGAGAAACCAGCAAGAAACAAUGUGAUAACAGCCGGAAGUGAUUCACCAUAUCAUCGUUUGCGAGAGAUGCAUUCACCAUCUCCUGUAAUGAUGGAUAUGGGACUACCAGUUGUCCCUGAAACUGAAGUGGUAACGCCAAAGGAGCCAGUUUUUAUACCACCACCUCCUCCACCGCCACCGCCGCCAAGUUUUUGGUAUGCUCCGUUGUCAGUUCAACAUCCUCCACCACCAUCAGUGAACGGGGGGUCAAGUUUGACAGAAAUGAUAGCUGGCAAAGUGACACCAACAACAGCAACAACAACAGGUGUAGAUGAAGAUGAGGAAGUUGCCGGUGAAGAUUCUGACAACGAAAAUGAAAGACCACUGCUUCUGUUGAAAAGAGACCACACGGUAAAAGAUUUGACAACAAAACUCAGUAAUUUACCAAUGAGUCCGACGCAGGAGGAUAAACUACAAAAUCGCAUUGUUGGCGAUAUGACUGGACUGAUAUCAAAAGCCAAAGAAGGACUUGCUAAGAGCAAGAGCAAAGGAGAUAUUUCAAGAUCAUCGAGUGUUGAUCAAGAAAUUAAAAAGGCUGAUCCCAAAAAAUCCGAAAAUGAAUUACAUUGGGAAGAAUUGGUCAAAAGCAUGUCGAGGCCAUUAAAUCUCUGCGACAUGGAUUUUACCGAUUUAAAUUCAGAAGAUGAAAAAGAUGUUCUAGCACCACGUGGUUUAGGUGGUGGUAUACCACCACCGCCACCACCGCAAGGUGGUAUGGUAAUCCCACCACCAAUGAUGAUUGGACAAAUAGUCUGCCCACCACCAAUGAAUAUGCCACCCCCACUAACAAAUCUAGUUCCACCUAUGUUCAAUUAUAAUAACCACCAAGGAAAUUAUAGUAAUAAUAGUAGUUUAAAUAAUUCUAUUAAUGGUGAUGUAAGUGGAUCGUCGACAGUGAAGAAAAAUAAAAAGACGGUAAAACUUUUUUGGAAAGAGGUACGAGAAGAUAUGAUUCCCGUUGCAAUUGGUAAGACAAUUUGGGAUGAACUACCAAAAUCAAAUGUAGAUACACAAAAACUAGAGCAUCUAUUUGAAUCAAGAGCCAAAGAUUUAAUGACUAAGAAACAACAAGAAAUGAAUAAAAAUAAAGAAAUUAUCGUUUUGGAUCAUAAACGAUCAAAUGCGAUAAAUAUUGCAAUGACAAAAUUACCACCACCUAGAGCAAUCAAAGCAGCCAUAUUAAAAAUGGACGCUACUGUAGUAACACGUGAAGGUAUUGAUAAAUUGUUGAAUAUGUUGCCAACAGAUGAAGAACGAGGAAAGAUUCAAGAAGCUCAAAUGGCAAAUCCUGAACUUCCACUUGGUAGUGCCGAACAAUUCUUGUUAACAUUAGCCUCAAUAUCAGAAUUAGCUGCAAGACUUAAACUAUGGGCUUUCCGUUUGGACUUUGAGAAUAGUGAGAAAGAAAUAGCCGAACCUCUAAUGGAUCUGAAGCAAGGAAUUGAACUUCUACGCCAAAAUCGUACCUUCAAAUGUAUUCUGUCGACAUUGUUGUCUGUUGGAAUAUUUUUGAAUGGAGCGCCAGUGAAAGGCUUUCAAAUUGAAUAUUUAGCCAAGGUACCUGAAGUAAAAGACACUGUACACAAACACUCGCUACUGCAUCACCUGUGUCAUAUGGUCAUGGAAACGUGUACGGAUACAACUGAUUUGUAUUCAGAAAUUGGUCCAAUAACUCGAGCUUCGAAGGCUGAUUUUGCCGAUUUAGCUCAUAAUCUGAUACAAUUGGAAAUUGAAUGCAAGUUAUCGUGGGAUAGACUGAAAUUAAUUGCUAAGCAUGAUUGUCCACCUCAAUUAAAACAAAAGUUAGUAGACUUUUUGGCCGAUUGUGCCGAAAGAAUAAUCAUUUUACAAAUUGUCCAUAGAAGGAUUAUCAAUAGGUAUCGAAAGUUCCUUUUGUGGCUGGGAGUGCCACAACACAGUGUUGCAGAAUCAAAACCAAAUGAAUUCUGUCGAAUUGUUUCGGAAUUUGCCUUAGAAUAUCGAACAACACGGGAACGUGUUCAACAACAAAUCGAAAAGAAGGCAAAUCAUCGGGAACGAAAUAAGACCAGAGGCAAAAUGAUUAUUGAUGUUGCCAAAUUCCGCACCAAAGAAGAUCGAGCUGAUGCUGAGUUAAAAGAACUUCUAGGAUCUCCUAGUCCUGGUAAUGCCAGUCUUGAUGGAACACUCACUUGGCGUCGUAGACGUGCUGAGAAUCUCCGCUCACCGAUCAUCAAACAAAACGAUGAUAACUUCACCGAUGGUGAUGAUGAAAUUUUAGAAUCCUUGGUUAAGACAGCAACAAAAACAUCAGGACCAAGGCCGACGCCACGUGAAAGAAAACGUACACGACAUGCCGAUCGAAAAUCAUUGAAGAGAUCACGAACGAGAGAAGGAUUCACCAUCGAAAAGGCACCAUCGCCAUAGAAUGAAAUACCUACAUUAGCUAAAACACAAAAAUGUGUGCGUCGAACAUUAAAGAAUGGCCUUACCGAAGAAGAAAAGCAACAUGUUGCAGCUUUAAUUAAAACUUAUUAGGUAGUUUAAAUGGCGAAUAACAGCUACAAAUAUAAGCGCGUAUACAACAAUCAUCAUCAAUCACAUAAACAUAGAUUUAUUAUCAUCAAAAGUACCUACCUAACUAUACUUAUAUUAUCUAUAAACUUGUAUCACCUCUUAAAAUGCCAUCAUAAACUCAACAAUCAGCGGAACCAAUCGAAUUAUAGAUAUGAUAGGGGCAAGACCCUUAACAAAAAAGAAACAAUUAAACUAAAUCGAAACGAAAAACAAACAAAAAUAAAUAAAACGAUCUCAGAAGUUUCCGUGUUGUCCGAAUUGAGUUUUGUUUCCCAUACUCAGGACUUUCAUAAAUCCCCUCAUCUCACAUUUAUAUCCAUUUUGUAAUCAUCCAUUCAAACCGAAUGCCUUAUAAUUUAGGUAUACAUAUAUUUACAUUAGAAGUAGAUUAAAUCUUUUAACUCUGAGAAUCAUAACUUUUAAUAACUCGAAAAUCAAAAGAACUUACCUUUCCAGUUAAUUAUUUUUUAAUUUUCUUUCAAAAAUAAUUAUAAAGUAUUACCUAUUAUUUAAAAAUUAAAAAUUAUACUUGAUCUACAAAAAAAUAAUCCUUUAAUAUUAUAAAUUUUAAGUGUUGGAUGUGGAUUUUUAUGUUGGGACCCAAUUGUUUUUAAUUAUAUCUUAUAUAAUAUUGUAUUCUUUUUUUUUGUUAUUUUUGUAUAAAUUAUGAAAUUAUUUAAUUCUACACAUCACAUUAAAUUUUGUUUAGUUAUUAUUAUUUUAUUUUGUUAAAUAUAUAAUUAAAAAAAUGAAUUAUCAUUGUAAGUAAUGAAGAAACAAAAAAUACUGAGAAAAAAAUAUGAAUUAAAAUUAAGAAAUAUAACAUUAAGAAAACAAUAAAAGCUAUAAAACAAUUAAAAAAAAUAAA